UGCCGCUCUACACGGCUCCUGGCAGUCCCAUGCAGCUGCAGAGCUCAUUGGCAUUGCUCAGGGCUCCUGGAGGAAACCACGCGGGCCUCGUGGCCUAAACAAAGGACAGAUUCUACAUCCCACAUGAACUACGAAAACCCUCCUCCUUACUCGGGGCCGGGCCCGACUGCCCCCUACCCGCCGUACGCGCAGCAGCCGGGCGGCCAGCCGGGCCCCUACCCGGGCUACCCGCCGGGGCCUGGGCCGUACCAGCCAGGACAGCCAGGCUACCAGGGCUACCCCCAGUACGGCUGGCAGAACGCGCCGCCGCCGCCGGGACCCGUGUACACAGAUGGGCCCAAAAACACAGUGUACGUGGUGGAGGAGCGUCGGCGGGAUGACACGGGCGAGAGCGCCUGCCUGACGGCGUGCUGGACCGCGCUCUGCUGCUGCUGCCUCUGGGACAUGCUGACCUGAGCUGCUGCCCCACGCUCCUGCCCCAGCCUCUGUUACUGUAAUCAGCGCCUGCUUUGCACAGCCCCGGCUGCCGUCUGUCCGUCCUCGCCCUCGGGGUGGGGGUAAAACUCCUUUCUUUUAGUAAAGGAAAAAAAAAAAUCCCUUUUUAACAUUUCUAAGACUUUUGUUGUAACUUUGAAGAACGUGCUGAUGGUCUGUUCCAGCCAAAGGCAUUCUGAUGAAAUGUAUAUUUAUCAGCUGAAAUUUUCCUAGUCCUAGAAUUGAAGACGUACGCAAUAAUUAAAGCCACAGUUGAUUUUC